CUCCACAGUUCCGUAGAGUAUGCGAACGCACCACCAGGCCAACCAGGCUGCGGCAGCUGAGACGCUGAGACCGCGUGUGCGUAUCCCUCAAAUCUAGAACUGUUGAAAAAAAAAUCAAAAUCGCGAUGAAUUUCGUGCCUUGUCUAACCUGGGUGAAAAGGGGUGUGUCCAAAUCCAAUCCCGAGAAGGUGAGGUUACUGAAGGAUCAGCUGAAAGAACUCAUCGAGGCCGACAGCGCGGCCACCGGCAACCCGGACGACAAGCAGGACGAGGAACAUGGAACGGUCGCAGAUGCGGACGACAUUACGGCUAAAUACGGCCUGGACACAUACGAUGAUGAAGAUGAUGCUCCAACAGCGAUGAGCAGCCUCGCUGGUCUGGCCAUGUACGCGAGCAAUGCCGACGACCCGUACCUCGAGCAGGGUGACGACGAAGAAAGCGAGGAAGAAGUGGACGACUUCACCAUUCGCCCCACCGACAACUUGAUCACAGUGGCACGUGUUGACGAACAGUCAUGCGCAACAGUAGAAGUGUACGUAAAUAACCAUCACGAGGACCACUUGUACGUCCACCACGACAUCAUACUCCCGGCGUACCCCCUCUGCAUCGAGUGGUUGAGUUUCGACCCGGCGGAAGAGUCGGGUGCAGGUAACUUCGUGGCCAUCGGCGAUAUGCACCCAAUUAUCAACGUCUGGGACCUUGACAUUGUUGAUACCCUGGAGCCCGCGUACAAACUUGGCAAGAAGACCAAGAAGAAAAAAGCCAAGAAGGUGGUUGCCAUGAAACAGCACGAAGACGCCGUCCUCAGCCUGUCCUGGAACAAGCAGGCGAAGAACCUGCUUGUCAGUGGAUCGGCCGAUUACAAGGCCCUCGUCUGGGAUCUCAGCAGCGGAGUGCCCACAAGUUGCAUCUCGGCGCACCGAGAGAAGGUCCAGUCAGUCAUGUGGCAUCCUUUUGAGGCGUACACGCUGUUGACGGGCGGCUGCGAUAACGCGGUCAAGCUCUGGGACAGUCGGAACAUCAGUGCCGGUUGCAAGACGUGGACGCUGGAUGGAGAGGUUGAGAAGGUGUUAUGGAACCAUUUCGACCCUUUCUACUUCUAUGCGAGCACCGAUGCCGGACGGGUGUACGGUUUCGAUGCGCGCAUGGAUCAGCCUGCCUUCACCCUUUCUGCACAUACCAAGGCAGUUUCCGGAAUGGUACUUAGCGCGCAUUGCCCUGGCUGCCUAAUCACGGCCUCGGAAGACAAGUCACUCAAGGUAUGGGACGUCCUCGAUCACAAGCCUACGUUUGUCUUCGAGAAGGAGAACCUGAAGGUUGGCUCAGUGCUGGCCCUGGCAAACAGCCCCGAUGAGCCAUUCGUGGUGGCUGUCGGAGGAGACGAUAAAGCACAUGGCUUCGCCGUAGUUGACCUGAAAGAUUGGACUUCCCUGAGUCGGUUUGAAGGGCGCAAAUUGUUGAGUGCAGACCUUGGUCCAAGCUUGGGAGACACCCCUAUGGAGAUGGAUGCCCCUGCAGGAGCACUGACCGAGCUUUCGCUGGAAGACGCCGAAGGAAACCAGUGAAACUUCUCAAACAUGGCCCAUUGCACCAACAGUCCCGUUCUCCUGGUUAGUGGGGCUACGUGAAAUUGUUGGCAAGGGCUGUUGCCGAAACUCCCAUGUCUGAUCAAGGAAUGACAGAGCACAAAAUGAGAACUUAAAUAAAGGUGGUUCUUUAUUGAACAAACUGUACAGACUAA